UUUGAUUGUGUUUGUGUCAGGUUUUCUCCAGAGAACACAGAGCUGCUGACCACAUUAGGACUGCUGUACAUGCAGUUUGGGAAGUAUCAGAAAGCUUUCGAGCAUCUGGGAAACGCUCUGACCUAUGACCCCAAUAACUUUAAGGCCAUCCUUGCGGCUGGCAGUAUGAUGCAGACUCAUGGAGAUUAUGACGUGGCCAUGAACAAGUAUCGUGUGGCGGCAUACGCUGUCCCCGAGAGCCCACCUCUCUGGAAUAACAUCGGCAUGUGCUUCUUCGGCAAAAAGAAAUACGUCGCUGCCAUCAGCUGUCUGAAGAGAGCGAAUUAUCUGUCUCCGUUUGACUGGAAGAUUUUGUAUAAUCUGGGUUUGGUUCACCUCACCAUGCAGCAGUUCGCUUCCGCUUUCCACUUUCUGAGCGCCGCCAUCAACCUGCGGCCACGCAUGAGUGAACUAUACAUGCUGCUUGCCG